GCACGGCAGACACUUCAGCUGCUGCCAGCAGUGCGUUGGCACUCGCGCUUCGCUCUCCCGUCGUGCCGAGCUGCUCCCGCUGCCUGGACUUUUCCUGCUGCCUGCACUGGAGCACCAGUCCCAGCAGGAUGAGCACUGCUCUUCCCGAGGAGGCUGCCAGAGACACCAGAGAGGACGUGGAGCUGGAGAUGGUGAAGGGUACAGAAGAAAGGAUGGAGGUGGACGAGGCUGAUGAGAGCAUGGAGGUCGACGUGGAGGACAACACUGAGGACAUGGACGUCGAUGAGAAGGACAGCACCGAGGACAUGGACGUCGAUGAGGACAGCACCGAGGACAUGGACGUCGACGAGAAGGACGACACUGAGGACAUGGAGGACUGACAGGAAAUAUGAGCACAGAUAUGACCCCUCUGUAAAUAUGUUCUACAUGUUAGAGGUUUUUUUGUAAGUACGUUUUGAAGAUUGCUUUUGUAUCAGCUUCGAAGAUUUUUACUGCAUAGACUUUGAAGAUUGUUAUAGUAUAGACUUAGAAGAUUAUUAUUGCAUAGGCUCCGAAGAUUGUUAUUGUAAAGACUUUGAAGAUUUUAUACUAUAGACUCCGAAGAUUUUAUACUAUAGACUUGGAAGAUUUUAUACUAUAGACUUUGAAGAUUUUAUACUAUAGACUUUGAAGAUUUUAUGCUAUAGAUUUUGAAGAUUGUUUUUGCAUAGGCUCCGAAGAUUGUUAUUGUAUAGACUUGGAAGAUUUUAUGCUAUAGACCUUGAAGAUUUUAUACUAUAGACUUGGAAGAUUUUAUGCUAUAGACUUCGAAGACUGUUUUUGCAUAGGCUCCGAAGAUUGUUAUAGUAUAGACUUUGAAGAAGAUUGUUUUUGCAUAAGCUGCGAAGAUUGUUAUAGUAUAGGCUCUGAAGAUUGUUAUAGUAUAGACUUCGAAGAUUGUUAUAGUAUAGGCUCCGAAGAUUGUUACUGCAUAGACUUUGAAGAUUGUUAUUGUAAGCACUUUGAGAUUGUUAGUGAAUAGACUUCCAUGUAAAUACGUUCUAUAGAUUGUUUCAUUAUAAGGAUUGUUAUAAUGAAACAAGUUCUGUAAAUGUUUUGAUGAUCUUUGUUAAAUAAA